AUGGGGCGUAGCAAAGCGAAAUUCAAAAGGGUCGAUAUCACCAAGCCCCUUGUUCAACCUUCUAACAAAGUGAACACCAUUGCGGUCGAAGCCGCACCACAUAAAUUCAUCGACCCCACAGAGGAGGAGGGUCUCAAGCCCGUCCAGGAUGUGAAAGAUGUCCUCGCCCUUUUUGAUAGGGAUGAACCAAAUUCAUCCGUAGAAGUAGGCCAGAGCUGGCACCAGAAGCGGUACCAUAACGUCUCUGGGUGGAUGAAUGCGCACGUCGAGGGCUACUUUAACGAGGGAACCCCUUCAACUGUCAUCGAUGACGACCAUAACGCGGAAAACGACGCUGCAUCCAAGCCCUGUCGUGGUGGGGGCGAGUUUCCCGAGCAUUUCACGGGCGUCGAUUCCCAAAUAGCGUCACUUUCAGCGUUGGUCAAAGCCAACUCCGCCCCUAGUUUCACCGUCACCGGAAGCAUGGAAAGCACCGAGACCUCACUGCAGCGCCUAAUUUCCAUGCAGGAAAGCCGGAAGGCGAGUGGGCCCGUGCCUCUCCCGAGACCCCACGAUAGCACGACCCUGGCCCGUCUCCUUCCCCCUCAACCAGGCGGGAGUGGGACGACCCCAGGUGAGGCCCUGCUGCCUGACCGGUUCGCGGACCUCGAGGCGAUGAUGCGGACCCCCAACCGACACUCCGACUCCCCGAUUCGGACGCCCGAAGAGGAGGCCCCGGGGGGGCUUUCGCUGGGGAAACCCGUGGUGGCCCCGCGCACGGGCCCCGGCGUCGGCUUCGGUUCCGCCGCAUCCUUAGGCGGGACCGCGCACGGGCCUGUCCCGACCCCGCGUGUGCCGUCGUGUGUCACAGCCUGUGUCACCCCACGGGGCCCAUCGUGUGUCACGCCGAGUCUGCCGUCACGGGUCCCCUGUGGUGUCCCGUCCGGGGUCGCGCCCCCGGAGGCCGUCCUGGGGGACGGGCUAAGCAGUAGUGAAAGCUUCUACCACCCCCAGCAGUGGCUCUCGCUGGCAUCCCCGCUGUCGCUCCACCUCCGGCCCGUCCCGGAGAGUGGGAUGGGGAGCAUCGACGCGGCGUCGUCGCGGGGCGGGCAUGGGCAUCCCGUCGAGUCGGUGUCCUCCCCUGCCGUGCAAAGUAUAUUGAUCCGAGAACUCAUAGGUAGUGAGGAGGACACCGAUAGCAAUCGGGCCUCGACGGAGGUUACUACAGUAACAAAUGAGAACCACCACUUCGUGAACAUACCGCCUGCGGGGAUGAGCAAACCUCUGAUCCAGAACUCACCUCCUUUUCCGUCCGCAGCGGAGGGUUUCUCCACCAUGGCGAUCAACCCAUCAAUGUUUGCCGACAAAUGGGCGGCCUCCGACCCCUUCUUGGUAAUGUCUCUCCCACCCCCCAGCUCGCGGCCACAGGUGGCAAACAACGAUUCAAUUGAGAAGCUAAUGUCUUUAAUGAUAAGUGAUGAAUAG